UGGAGCUUCUGAAAAUCCGUGAAAGGUGUGAGUCAUCGAAAGUUAUUACGUCGUAUUUGUUAGUAUUCGACAAUUUUCCGAGAACAAAACACACAGCGACAUUAAAAUCUUCAUUCACGAAAGUUUUCGACCAGUGUAGUGUGCAAGAUCAACACAGUGAGUCAUAGAAAAUACGAGCACGUUGUGGACUACUAAUUGGAAAUAAAUAUUUUAUGGAAAUUUCCGAUUCGAUUUACUACUCGCUACUAGCUUUGGUCGUUCUUCCUGUUUACCUAUUUUUUAAUCUGUGGUCUUGGCUGGGCUGGGAGUUGUACAAGAACAAUUGACACAAUGAGCGGUCCUAAUUUCAAUGACAACCAAAAAGCCAUCAACAACAUGAAAAAGAACCUAACCUUGGACCUCAAUCAGUCCAAAUUGAACAUGAACGCCACUGGAUUGUCACUUUUAACGUCGCCAGACAUCAGUUCAGUCCUUAAAGUUGACACUCCAGACCUCCUCAAAGUAGACACACCCACAAUUGAAAACAUCAUCCUGUCCAACAACAUUUCCAGCACGCCUUCACCGUCGUUGAUGUUUUCGCGGGACGUGACCGCAGAACAGGAGAAAUUCGCCGGGGGGUUUGUUGAAGCGCUAAACUACUUACACAACGGAAAUUCACAACAAGGAUCUGACAGUAAUGCCAGUACGGUAUACAACGAACAGCAAAGUUUUCUCCCAGUUAUUAAAGAAGAGCCUCAGACGGUACCCAAUGUCAAUAACACACCUCCAAUGUCACCUGUCGAUAUGGAAUACCAAGAAAGAAUGAAACUGGAAAGGAAGAGGCAAAGGAAUCGGCUGGCCGCGUCCAAGUGUCGGUCACGAAAAUUAGAAAGGAUCUCAAAGCUUGAAGAUAAAGUGAAACAAUUAAAGAGUGAAAAUGCGGAACUUGCAUCAGUGGUAAAUCAGUUGAAAGAGCACGUGGGGUUGCUGAAGGUGGAAGUGAUGCAGCAUGUGAACGCAGGCUGUCCGAUUAUCAACAGUCAAUAUUAAUAACGAAUACUGAAGUCAGUGCUUGUAAGAUAUUUAUAUUUUUUAUAAAAAAAAUUUGUAAACGUGAUUUUUAUAUGUUGGUGCUGAUCGAGCUCUAAUCGUAGAGCGUCCAGGUUUAUAUGCCAUAAAUAAUAAAGUUUAUUAUUAAAGUAUGCAUAGCAAGUAAAGUAA